AAAUUCUGAUGAGAGGUGUCCUUUAAGAGAACGAAAUUGCAUUCCAACUUGUACGAAGCAUCCCGCAAUCCAGAUGAUUUGUUUUAAUUUUGUAGUUAAAAAAAUUCUUUGCUUGCACCAGUGAAAGAUUUUGUAUGUACAGUCAUUAGCUAAUAAAUUAUGGUGGAGCAUUGGCCAUACUUAUGUCAAGUGGAUCUGAGAUAGUAAAAGGCUGAAAAGACUUGAGCAUACCAUUUCAUUCUCUGCAAUAAGAACCUGAACUUUUAACCACAAAAAGUUGAAGCAGAAAGCGAUCGUCAGAUAAGGUUACAGAAGAACACUAUUUCUUUUCACGGGGAAGAUCAAUUAUACAUAAUCUGCAUCUGCAACAGUGGUCACAACCGAACCAAACAUGUCCGAGGUUAACAGCAAAAUUCUGGUGCCCUCCUCUUCUUCUUCUUCAGCUUUAGAGUCAGAGAAAUGGAAGCAACAAAUAUUGAAGCGCCCUUGGGGCAAGCUCCUGUCACAGAAUUCUCAGAAUCCAGAUCUGGACUUAUGGGACCCUAAUUUCAUGAUUGGCCGAAGCAAAAGUUGCAGUUUGUGCAUUGACGAUCCCUUAAUAAGUGGAGUUCUGUGCAUGUUGAAGCAUACAAUGCAUAAGGGUGCUGAAGUGCUUGUUCUAGGGAAUGAUGGUUCUGUUGAGCUCAAUGGAGAACGUCUUAAAAAGAAGGAUGUUGUCAGUAUUAGAGGAGGAGAUGAAUUUGUUUUCAGCUCUUUGGGUCAUCACACAUAUAUCUUUAAACUGCUCGCAGAUGAAGAUAUUGCAGUCCCUCCAUUACAUAAUUCCCUUAGCGAGGCAGAAAAUCAAAUGAUUGCAGGUAAGGCAGCAGCAAAACAAGUGGGUGCAGGUAAGACAGAAGAAAAUCAAGUGGUUGGAGGGAAGGAUGAACUAUCUGAAACUUUAGGAACUAUGUUAGGCUCAUUGCAAGCACCUCGGACUGGUUCUUUGCAAACCUUAUCCUUGCUGCCACAGCAAGUGUGUCAUAAUCGUGAUUACGGUGAAGAAAGUGAAGAAGGAAGUGAUACAUCUCAAUCACCAACUGUAAAUGAUAUGUCAGAUGGGUCUGUCUCAGAUGCUGAAGAGGUUGAGCUUGAAGCUACCCUGGGAGCUGGGAUUCCACCUGUGCUUAGUUUGCUGAAAUGUACAAAAGAACCUGACAAGACCAGUUUCACAUGCAAAGAAACAAAUGGUAAUUCACCUAAACAGGUUUCUAAAGAAGGAAAGGAAUCUGGAAAAGAUACCACUCCAUCGGUUGCACACGCUAAAUACCAAACUAUAAAGGAAGAUUUAAAAAAUGGAAUGCUUGAUGGUAGAGAGACUUGUGUGUCAUUUGACAAUUUUCCUUAUUACCUCAGCAAGAAGACAAAAAGUUUGCUGAUUGAACCAAUGUUCAUACAUUUAAAACGGAACAAAUUUAGAGAUUUCGCAAAGGAGCUUUCUACUAUAAGCCCCAAAAUAUUGUUGUCUGGCCCUCCAGGCUCUGAGAUAUAUCAAGAAAAGUUGGUGAAGGCAUUGGCAAAUCAUUUUGAUGUCAAAUUGCUUAUAUUUGAUUGCAGUGAAAAGCUUGCGGGUACAUCUAUGAAGGAUGCGGAACAGCUGAAAGAAGGCUUAAAACCUAUAAGUAAGAAUUUAAGAGAACGCUGGGGUAAUUUGCAGUCAAAAUAUGAUAUGUUAUCAAUUAAAUUACGUGAACUGGGUUUUAGUCUGCAAGGCACUGCAUCGAAAUUGCAUGCAGGGAUAAAACAGGAAACGUCAGCUUUACCAUCCAUUUGUGCUGCUCCUUCAGCAAUAAAGGGACAUUCCUUUAAGAGAGGUGAUCGAGUGAAAUAUAUUAGUUCCCUACAUAAACCAGGCCAUCACACGCCUCAAGCUCCUUUGAGUGUCCUUUCAUUUAAAAGAAAGGGUAAUGCUCAAGUUUCAACACUUAAGGGGGGUCCAUCUUAUGGUGAUCGAGGGGAAGUAAUUUUAGCUCUGAAAGAAAAUGGAUCAUCUAAGCUUGGUGUACGAUUUGAUAAGCCAAUACCAGGGGGGGUUGACAUUGGUGGCCUUUGUGAAGAAGAUCAUGGUUUUUUUUGUGGUGGAAGUGAGCUACUUUUAGAAACUUCUGUUGAGGAGGACAUGGACAAGCUAGUUUUCAAUGCACUUUUUGAGGUUGUGACAAGUGAGAGUAAGAAUGGUCCUCUGAUACUUUUCAUGAAAGAUGUUGAGAAGGCACUAAUAUACAACUCAGAUAUUUAUCGUGCCUUAAAAAGAAAGCUCAAAACAUUGCCUGAAAGUAUUGUUAUCAUCUGUUCUUACACAAAAGUUGACGAUAGUAAGGAAAGGCCGCGUCCUAGGGGUAUACCUUUCAUUGAAAUUGGAGACUAUCAAAAUGGCCUGCUUGACUUUGGCUUACCUUUUGGAAGAAAGAACAAACAUGGUAAAGAGGCUUCAGAGCUAGUGUCUGAACUUUUUCCAAAUAAAGUAACACUGGAGAUGCCUCAGGAUGAAGCCCUUCUUGCUACUUGGAAACUUCAACUGGAACAAGAUAUUGAAAUGCUUAAAGUGAAGGCAAAUCUACGACACAUUGAAGCUGUGCUUUGUCAUAAUAAUUUGGAGUGUGAUGGAAUUGAUACAAUUCUCAUUAAGGACCAAGAUCUUACAAAUAAAAGUGCAGAGAAAAUUGUAGGAUGGGCUUUGUGUCACCAUCUUAUGGGUGAUUUUGAACCCUGUAUUAGAGAUGGAAAACUGCUUAUCUCUUGUGAAAGUGUUCAGUAUGGGUUGAGCGUAUUACAGGAAAAUCAAAGCGAGUUACAAAAUUCUAAAAAGUUACACAAGGAUGUUAUUACAGAGAACUAUCAUGAAAAGAGACUACUGGAUGAUAUGAUUCCACCAAAUGAAAUUGGAGUGAACUUUGAAGAUAUUGGAGCUCUGGAAAAUGUGAAAGAUACACUUAAAGAGUUAGUGAUGCUUCCUUUACAAAGGCCUGAGCUGUUUUGCAAAGGACAACUAACAAAGCCCUGCAAAGGUAUCUUGCUCUUUGGACCUCCAGGGACUGGGAAAACAAUGCUUGCCAAAGCUGUUGCAACAGAAGCUGGUGCAAAUUUUAUAAAUAUUUCAAUAUCAAGUAUUACAUCAAUGAUGUUUGGUGAAAGUGAAAAGUAUAUUAAAGCUAUCUUUUCACUAGCAAGUAAAAUUUCUCCAUGUGUGAUAUUUAUUGAUGAGGUUGAUAGUCUUUUGGGGAGAAGGGACAAUCCUAGAGAACAUGAGGCUAUGCGUAAGAUGAAGAAUGAGUUUAUGGCCAACUGGGAUGGCUUAUGCACAAAAGAAAAAGAAAGAGUCUUAGUUCUUGCUGCCACUAACAGACCUUUUGAUCUUGAUGAAGCUGUCAUUCGAAGAAUGCCUCGGAGGUUAUUGGUAAACUUUCCAGAUGCACCAAACAGAGCAAAAAUAUUGAAGGUAAUACUUUCACAGGAAGAAUUGGAUCCAGAUGUGGAUUUAGAUGCCAUUGCAAAUAUGACCGAGGGAUAUUCUGGAUCUGACCUUAAGAACUUGUGCAUUACAGCUGCAUAUUGCCCCAUCCGAGAAGUUUUGAAAAAGGAAAAGGAGGAAAAGGAAUUAGCAAUAACAGAGGCAAGAAAAUUGCCAUCGUUGAGUGGGAUUGCUGAUGUUCGCCCAUUGAAUAUGGAUGACAUACGAUAUGCUCUUAAACAAGUUUGCGCUAGUGUUUCUUCAGAGUCGACAAGCAUGACAGAGCUGCUUAAGUGGAACGAGCUUUAUGGUGAAGGAGGCUCAAGGAAAAAGAAUGAUCUUAGUUAUUUUAUGUAAACCAUGCAUAACAUGCAAGUUAAUUUGUUUCUAUGAAGUUGUAUGCAUUAUUUGUAUAAUAGUAAAUAUUGGGAUGAGGUAAUAGGUCACAUUUCCUGCUGUGGGAUGAACAUGGGUGAAAAUAUUCAGAAUUUAAAUCUUGAUUAUACUUGGGUGGUGUCCAUGUUUGUAACACAACAAUCUCUCUGCUUCUCUUGAAGUUGUGGACUGCCUUAUUGUGAGGAGGAUUUGGGCCUAGUUCACAAAGUGUUCCCAUCACCAAUACACCACAAUCCUCAGGUGAACUGUAUAUAAUUUUUCACUUAUUCUUGGAAUUGAACAUUAAAAUUGAAUUCAAGCUCUGAUUAAGGGUUGAAACAUAAUUUUACGCAAGAAAGCAUCCUAAUGGUAAUGUUUUCUACUUUAAUACUC